AUGUCCCUCGCCUCCGACCUCACCACGCUAGCGGCUGAGACCAAGAGGAGGCACCCUGAGAUUCGAAAGCUCGCCGAGUCGGCAGUGGAGCUCCUCAAAAGUGACCCCGCUAAAGCAGAUGUCGUCGAACCGCUUCUCCAACUGUGUCGAGCUGACCCAAAGUUCGGACCAAUUGCCCUCUCAGGGCUUCAAAAAGCGAUAUCUGGGUCACAAUUGAAAGACAACCAAGUGGCUGGAGUAGUGGAAGCAUUCAAUGCGGUGGCAGGGAAUCAAGAAUGCCAAUUACGUGUGUUACAAUGUAUCCCACCAUUGGUAGAGAACUACCGCGAUUCAGUCAUGCAGCAAAACUUACUCAAACCAUUACUGGUGGUGUCUUCUCGCUUGGUGGCCUCAAAUGAUCCCAUUGUUCAGAAUACCGCCUUUGCAUCCCUCCAACAACUUUUCAGUCUGGUUUUUCGAGGUACUGAUGUAAGUGAGGAGUUGUUUGUUGAUUUAAUUGCACUCGUGGAAAAAAGACCGUUGAAGUACUUACCCCAGCUGGUGGCUCAAUGCUUGACUCCCGUGCACCUGCUUGAAAUUCUCGAACUGGUGAUGUCGAACCACCCUCAGUUUUUGUCUGAUCAUCCCGAAAGUGUACAAUUGGUGAAGGUUCUGCUUGUACCUUGGUUGUUGGGAGUUCUCAAUGGAUCCCAAGGGAAGUUUGCUUUAUCAGUACGUCUGAUGAGAGUGCUCAUGGUACUUGUGGCUGUCCACAGCGCAUUAUUCGAGAUAGAGUGUGAGCUCUUAGUAUCGACUCUCAAUCACAUUCUUCUUGCCGAAGAGCUGCUGCUAUGGUUGAAGAUUCUCGUGUUGGAAGUGUUCAAAGAAAUCAUGGGAGAUUUCAGUGUCGUGGAAAGAUUGUUUGGUGCGUACGAUGCUGAUGCCAAAAAGAAGAAUGUCGUCGAGGAAAUGAUGUUUGUUGUUGCUAACUUUGUUGAUAACAAUAAUCAACUUCUCACAAAUUCGGUACAACCAUUUAUACCCGAUCCCUCGUCUCUUGAUCCAAUUCCUUAUUUGGCGAGCAAACAUCUGGCAAUGCGAGUAUCGCUCCUCGAUCAUUUAGACAAAACCGAGCCUCCGACCAGUAUCCCAAGUACAUACGCCCUUCUUGUGGCUUUACAAACUACGCUUGUAUUUUGCGAUGGUGUUUCAAGCUUCGUGUCACAUGCUCUGUCACAUCCCGAAGAACCAGAACUUGAAAGACGCAUCGAGUUUGCCAACGGAGUCAUUGCGGGAACGUUUACUAAUGUCCACAUGCUUCUCAAAGAUUUCCUCUACACUCGCAUGGAUCAGGAUCUCUUUCAUCGUUAUAUCAAGCUGUUCCAAAGAAUCACACACACGCUGGGCCUUUUGGGACUUGAUCGAGCUCGUGACCAGUUGUUGACAACACUCAAGAUGGCCAUAAUUACGGGUGACUCUAGCUCCCGACAAUCAACAGAGCCUACGAUACGUCCUACUCAAAAGCAUCAAAGGUCUAGUCUGUCGAUGGUAAACAUCGUGACUGACUCUCUUCAAACGUUGACUGGUACUGGGGCCACGACUAGCAGCCCAACAAUCCAGCCGCAACAGGGAUUCAAUUCGCGCCAAACUGUGUGCCUUCGAGCCAUGGCUAAUGUGGUCCUGCAUUUGGGGCUGACGCUUGGUCGGCUGUGGAUUAUCGUGUUGACCACACUUGAAGCAUGCGAACAGAUUGUGGGUCUGGGGCCCGAAAGAUCUGCAUUGGACCAAGUUGAGGCCAGAAUCCUCGACAUAGAUCUGUAUCCAGCCGAACUGAUCCGUGGAGUAUUCGAACUGUUGGUUGCACUCGAUGGAGAUGGCUCCAAGCUGUAUUAUACUAAACGCUUAGUGUCCACCGCCAUAUUAGAUCCCCGAAAGUUCCUCGUUGAUGACGAGCUCGGUUGGAAAAUAAUACGGGAUCACUUCGAGCUGAAGUUGUGUCAACGUCUGUUGGCUCCUGGUACUCGUCUUCGAUAUGCUGAUGCAUACACAGAAGUACUCAAUGCAAUUGCUGAAUCUGGCUUCCAAGGAAAUGACACUGAAAGUACUGCAGAGCUUGUUAUGAAUGCGUUAACACACACCGUCACCGCUCUUUAUGCUCUUGGAAUGUCACUGGAGAAGAUUACCACCAAUUGCGAAACUGAAAUCGUUUUGAAGUUGCUUCAGUUUCUUCACUCAGUAGUCGAUCGUUAUGAUGGACACUUGCAACGUCAAUGGCCAGCAAUUUUCACUAUGCUCAACACUCCAUUCGAACGUGAUCAACCCGAGCUUGUGCCUGCUGCAUUCGAUACCCUCAAAUUAGUAGUGAGUGAUUUAGUUCCGGAACUUCCUCACACCGAGCUUCCAGGCGUCAUUGCUACAUUGGCUCGAUUCAGUAAUGUUGGUGACAUCAAUGUGUCGUUUCUGAGUGUGCUGUACUUUUGGGGUAUCGCUGAUAAGAUUCGCGAGCGCGCUGAAGGUAUGCGUGAAAGUGCAGCUGACUUCAGCAAACUUGAAUCGCUUGAGGAAACGCCUCAAUUUUAUGUGACUCUUGAUCUCUACUUGCUCCAAAAACUUGCCGAAGUAACUAUGGAUCCCCGUGCUCAGGUUCGUGAUGGGGCUCUCCAAACUGUGUUUCAGAUCAUUGACGCGCAUCCCCUGGCCAUUGAUUGGAAUCUUGUAUUCAAGUAUUGUGUCGACACUAUAUACCAGUUGCGUGUUGAGCGGGAGAAGGAUUGGCUCGAGCUGGCUCGUCUCAUCACGUCCGGACUUACACUGGUUUACACAAAGUUUUUGAUUGAAGGAGAUCAUCAGGACAAGUGGCAGCAAUUGAUUGAUUACUUUAAGAAGCUCGUUGAAGUAAAGUGGGUCGAGUUACUGAUAGUGGUCUUCACUACUUUCAAAGACCUCUUACUGUACUUCAAGCAUUUGAAGUCUCCUCUUGAUAAGUUGUUCUACGACUUCUGGACGAGUAUGGAGAUAAAUUGGGAUUUCAUUGAUGCUCAGUACCAAGAAAUGCUAGCAACCUACUUGGGAUGUUUCCCGCAACUUCAUGCCAUCCUUCCCAAUGGGUGGGAUUAUCGCCAAGUCAUGGCUGUGUUACAGAAGUGCGCUGCUUAUCCCGUAAUGCCAGCACUGAUUGUUAAUUUUGAUGAUGCUAAGCGCCCCCUGCCACUUCAACAAAAGGUACUUGACAAUGCUGGAAUCUUAACUAAGGACAUGCCAGAGCACACCAUCCAAUUCUUGCUGAGUGUGGUCGCAUAUCCCGUCACGGUGAGACCUAGAAUCGCUGCGAAGGUUGCGCAGGUUGAUCCUCUGAUUAAAGUUCCUCUGUUUGUUGCCAUUUCCCGAAAAGCACUUGAUCUUGUGCGUACUCAGGUGGCAUCCUACACCCAAUUCGCCCGUUUAGUUGAUGAUCUCACCGUAACUAAAGUCCUCAUGCCGUUGGUGGAGGUAGUUAGGGCUGAAGGUCGCCCUGAGGCCAGUGAACUUGUGUACGACGUUGUUGAAGCGAUGAUGAAGUGUGUUGACGAAUGGAAAAAUCCUGGGGCGCCAGAAAUUUGGCAGUGCGUGCUCGUGGUACUCUUGUUGAACCUUGAAGGCAGCAAGGAUGAAGAAUCUGUUCAGCUUGCACAAUAUCGCAAAUUGUGCGAUAAAGUGGUUCCUCUCAUGCUUAAGCAUGCUCCACAACAAGUGGUGGAUGAGUUUGUUGAGCAAGUUUACCGUCAUCUGUUUUUGUAUGAAGAUGGCACGGAAGAGCACGAUGUUUCCCUGCUUGUGGACUACGAUUUCGAUCAGUCUCUUGGACUGACCGAUCCCCUUGAAAUUUUCGACCGCCAACAAACACGCUUUGGAUGUAUGAGACAGCUCAUUUCCUUCUUGAAGUUGGCAGAGCUCGAGGAGGUGGCGACUAAAUGGUUUAUGAUAAGAGCCGCUCGUGCAAUGCAACGCUACAUCAGUGAUGCCCGUUUGUUGGCCAAGUGUCCCAUGCCACGUAUCCAAAUUCGCGAGUUGGAAUUGGUGCUCGAAGGGCUCAACUCAGUGGCACAACCAGCGCUGUUGAAACAACUUUACCCGUUACUUGUACGGGUUGAUGCCAAACUGUUGUUGAUGAAGCUUGCGAGUGUUCAAUGA